UUUUGGAGUGUCUUCUCUGGAGCUGCAAGAUGGAAUACCGAAAGACGACUUUCCUGCUUCUGGUUUGCCUCGCAACAUCCGCGCUAGUAAGUGCCGGAGGUUUCCAUCCCCACACACAGGGCUACCAUCACCGCGUCGAGCACGCCGACGGUUCCUCUCACCAGGCCAGCUUUGUGCGCCACAACACCAAUGUCGUGCCCCAGGUACACGCCUCUGGUGCCUACGUCCACUACGACCCGGGACAGGUGGUCGUUCAACGCCCAGCAUUCACCACCUUCGCUGCUCAACCAGCCGUGUCCCACGUAGUAGCCCAACCAACAGCUGUCUAUGCCCAGCACGCUGCGACCCAGUUCGUUAGCCGACCAGCCUUCGCUCAAACCUUCUUGUCGCAGCCUGCUUACUCUGGUCUAGUCGCCCACCAACCAGUCGCUCAAGUCGUCGCCGCUCCAGCUGUGACUCGAGUAGUCCAGCCUGCUGUCUCUCACGUUGUAGCCGCUCCAGCUGUGUCCAGCGUAGUGCAGCCAGUUGUCCGACAGACUUUCGUCUCCCAGCCUGCUUAUACAAGAGUGGUCGCUCAGCAGCCCGUUGCACAGUUUGUUGCUGCUCCAGCUGUGACCAGGGUGGUGCAGCCUGCUGUCUCUCACGUUGUAGCUGCUCCAGCUGUGGCAAGAGCUGUCCAGCCAGCAUACACUCAGACCUUCUUGUCCCAACCUGCUUACAGUCAGGCCUUUUUAUCUCAGCCAGCUUACACAAGAGUGGUGGCCCACCAGCCCGUUGCUCAAGUUGUCGCGGCUCCUGCUGUAACUAGAGUAGUUCAGCCUGCAGUAUCUCAUGUAGUCUCAGCCCCAGCAGUCACUCGAGUUGUUCAGCCUGCAGUAUCUCAUGUAGUCUCAGCCCCAGCAGUCACUCGAGUUGUUCAGCCAGCCGUAUCUCACGUGGUUGCGGCUCCCGCUGUCAGCAGUAUUGUUCAGCAUCAUCCAACCGUAGUUGCGACCCCAGCUGUUUCGCGAGUCGUUGCACAGCCAGCUGUAACUCAAGUGUUCGCUCCAGCACCAGUUGCUCAAAGCGUAGUCGUCUCCAGGCCCGCUACCACAGUUGUCGCUCAGCCGGUAACUCAAACCGUUGUCUCUGCACCUGCCUAUCAGCCCGUUUAUUCUGCUGGACAAGCCUUUUACGGAGCAGCGACAUACGGCCGUCCAUACUCACGAGCCUUCCUCGUCAAGGGCCCAUUCCUCAACACGAGACAAUACUUCGAUGACGCUGGCCACUUCCAGACCCAUCAUGCGGACUACCACCACUAUGCGCACGAAACCGCUCACCCUGACCGUUUUGUUCAAACCGUGGACUACGUGAAGAAAUAGACUACCUAUAUCUUCCACUUCUACGAGACCUAGAGGACUGGUUAGGUUAAGGCUCCCCUGUGUAGUUUAGCGUUUGGUUAUGGUUGUGGUGCAGCGUUACCUUUAAGUUUUUGUUACAGCCAAGUGUUUAUUUGUGUGCUGUGUGAUCACAUAAAAUAUUACGCACGAUGGA